UGGCAUCGACACCCACUUGGUCACUCCUUUCAUGUGUUGCGUCGUGUAUCUUUUUCUCGCACUUUAAUUGAUAAUGGAAUGUACGUUUUCCUUGUGCCGGUAUGUCCUUCCACUUGCGUUUUUUCAAUUUCACCCUUCGUUCCGUCUUAUGUACUACCGGAGCGCAUGCAAACACGUAUCUGGUGCAUCGGGUACCACAUUGUAUGGCCUCCGAAUGGUAGCACACCAUCACAGGCCAAGAAGAGAGUAUACCAAUACCGAGGAAUCGCGGCACACCUAACGAUCUACUGACCAUCCCCUGAUAUGCGUCGUGGACCUCUUCUAACUGUGCGUAGCCCCUGAUGUCAACCUGUCGUGCCCUUCUCUGCAUACACCACAAAAG